UACAUACUGCAGUUGAGCAAAUUUUUCCUAAUGCUGAGCAUAGAUAUUGUAUCAGACAUAUUCAUGACAAUAUGAGGAAAAGAUGGAGGCAAACAGAGUACAGGGACCACUUAUGGAGGUGUGCAUCAGCUACCACCAUUCUUGAGUUUGAACAUUUGAUGAAGGAGUUUAGUCAGUAUGAUAAGGAGGCAUGUGAAUGGUUGAAGCAAAUUCCUCCUAAACAUUGGGCAAGGAGUCAUUUUUCAGGAAGAGCAGUUUCUGAUGUGUUGAUAUCAAACAUGUGUGAAGUGUUUAAUGGGAAGAUAGAGAAAGGAAGGGAUAAACCUGUCAUUGGAUGUUUAGAAUUCAUAAGGGAGUAUCUAAUGAAGAGGAUAUGCAAUGUCAUGAAGGAAAUGAAAAAGGCUAAAGGUCCACUAACACCCACAGCAACAGACAUCCUAACUGCAAGAAAAACAGUUGCUUCACAAUACAUUGCUAGGUGGAAUGGGGGAGACAAGUAUCAAGUCACAGGAGCUUUGCAGGAUCAACAUGUGGUUGAUGUUAGGAACAAAACAUGCACUUGCAGAAAAUGGGAAUUAAUUGGAAUUCCAUGCAGACAUGCAAUUGCAACUCUGAAUGAGAUGAGUAAAGACCCAGAGGCUGACCUUGACAUUUACAAAUGGGUUCACAAGGUGUAUUUUCUAGAGACAUGGAAAAAGGCUUAUUCUUUUAAGGUGGAGCCAAUUAAGGGUAGAUCCAUGUGGCCCAAAAGUGAAUGUCCCACAAAGCUAAUCCCUCCUCCACAUCGCACUCAGGUGGGAAGGCCUAAGAAAAAGAGAAGACAAAGUGAGGGUGAAAGGUUAAGCAAAAAGCAGAAGGCAAGUCAAGGUGAUGGAGUGAAUGCUGCACAAGAAGGAGGUUCCCAAAAACCAACAAAUGAUGGAGUGCAGAAGCUAUCAAGGAAGCAUAUCAGUGUUACUUGUAGCAAAUGCAAGAACAAGGGACACAACUCUAGGACCUGUAAAGGGCAAGGUGGGAAUCAAUCCAAGAAGUAAUGUGUCAUGCAUGCAUGGAGUUUUUUGUGAUUU